AUGAAGGUUCUCAUUCUUGCCUGCUUGGUGGCUCUUGCUCUCGCCAGGGAGAAGGAACAAAUCAGUGUACCCACUGAGACUUUGGAAAGUGUUUCAACCAGUGAGGAAACAAUCACACAUAUCAAUAAGCAGAAGCUUGAGAAGGUUAAACAUGAGGAGCAGAUACAAAGAGAGGAGAAACUCCAGGAAAAAAUCCUCCCCUUUAUUCAGUCACAGCCUCUGCUCUAUCCUUAUGCUGAGCCCAUCCCUUUCCCUGCUCCGCCACAGAACACCCUGAACCUUGUCCAACCUGACAUGCUGCUCCCUCUCCUCCAGCCUGAAAUAAUGGAAGAUCCCAAAGCUAAGGAGGCCACCUUUCCUAAGCGCAAAGUGAUGCCCUUCCUCAAAUCCCCAAUGGCUUUCCCCUUUGUUGACCCUCAACUCCUGAGUCUCAGGGAGCUGAAAACUCAGCACCCUUUUCUGCCCGAGCUCCUGCCCUUCAUGCACCAGUUCUUCCAACCUUUUUUCCAGACUCCCAUGCUUUAUCCUCAGACCCAGUUGCCUGUUCCUCAGACCAAAUUUGUGCCCAUUCCCCAACAAAUGGUACCCUACACCCAAAGAGACAUGCCUGUCGAAGCCCUUCAACUGUUCCAAGACCUGCGCUUCCCUACCCAUGGGUCCUACCCUGUGGCUCAGCCACUUGCCCCAGUUAAUAAUUGA